UCCUGUUUGAACUUUACUAUAAAAGUUGUACUAACAGCAGCCAAGGUUAAUAUGUAUAUUAAAUUAACUGUUUUUGUACCGGAUGUGACGUCUGUUUACGCCUCUUUUUGCUGCUAAUUGUAAUGAUAGUUAGCUUACAGGAGCUAACCGGCUAACAGCUAGCUCUGCACACAUCGCUGAAGAAAGAGUUUGGGAGGCGGUUGCCAUGGAGCCUGCCUGGCGACAGCAGGGCAGGGGUCGCGGUCGGGGUCAGGAGGCAGACAGGUCCCGCCCCCCCCAGAAGGAGAGGGAGAGGCCAGGGGCGGGAGCAGGAGUAUGGGCGGGAGGAGGAAGAGGAGGGAUGACGAAGACCACUGCGACACCCCCUGAACCUCCACAGAGUGUGACGGUCCAAUCAAAGUUCGAGGAGAUCAGGAAAUCUAACCAGGCUGCUGCUCAGCGAUUGGUCGAGCUCAGCUCCUCCUCUGAUGAAGAUGAAGGUGUGGAGGUUGAUAAUAAGGAUGGAAAGAGAGGGAAGGUCCUGGCCUCCACCUUCACCACCUACACCGACCAGACAGGAGGCGAUGCGUCGGCGCUCCUCCGGACCGGUCAGUACGUCAGUGAUCUGUUUCAGUCCGGAGCUCUGACCUGUCUAAUCUGUAUCGCCUCCGUCAAGAGGACCCAAGCUGUGUGGAGCUGCAGCAGCUGCUUCUCUCUCUUCCACCUGCCGUGCAUCCAGAAGUGGGCGAGAGACUCGGCCUUCCUCGUCUCCUCUGUCACCGACGAAGACUUCGGGCAGAAACAGCACCCCUGGCCCUGCCCAAAGUGCCGAGCGGAGUAUCAGCCCAGCGAGACGCCCAACAGGUACAUGUGUUUCUGUGGGAAGCAGCAGGACCCGCCCCCUGACCCUUGGUUGGCCCCUCACUCCUGCGGCUCUGUCUGUCAGAGAGACAUCAAACCAACCUGUGGACACACCUGUUUACUGCUCUGUCACCCAGGUCCCUGUCCUCCGUGUCCAAAGAUGGUUUCUGUUUCCUGUCUGUGCGGCAAAGCUAAGCCCCUCCCCCGUCGCUGUAGCAACAAGCCGUGGUCCUGUCAGCAGCAGUGCAACAAGCUGCUGCCCUGCAGACAACACACCUGCACACACACCUGCCACUCAGAGUGCUCCCCCUGCCCCCGGGUCAGUGUCCAGAGGUGUGUGUGUGGCAGAGAGGAAACAGAGAGACCGUGUGCCAGCCCGACGUGGAACUGCCAGCAGGUGUGUGGCUCCGCCCUCUCCUGUGGGAAUCACACCUGUGAGGUCUUGUGUCACCAUGGAAACUGUCCUCCCUGUCCUCGCUCCGUCAGCAGAUCCUGUCCCUGUGGAAAGACCAAGUCUUCUCUCCCCUGUACAGAGGAGGUGGUGCCGUGUGGCGACACGUGUGACCGCCCUCUCUCCUGCGGGAAACACACCUGCUCCAUGAGGUGCCAUCGGGGGGGCUGUGAGACCUGCAGACAGGAGGUGGAGAAGGAGUGCAGGUGUGGUAAGUACAGGAAGCUGAUGCCGUGCCACAGAGACUUCCUGUGUGACUCCAAGUGUCCGAAGACCAGGAGCUGCCAGAGGCACCAGUGCAGGAGGAAGUGUUGCCCCGGUAACUGCCCUCCCUGUGACCAGAGCUGUGGGCGGAGUCUCGGCUGCCGCAACCACAAGUGUCCCUCCGGCUGCCAUCCAGGCAGCUGUUACCCUUGUCCUGAGUCCGUGGAGGUGAAGUGUUCCUGUGGAUCCUCCGUCCUCUCCGUGCCCUGCGGACGAGAACGCAGCACCAAACCUCCUCGCUGCAAGGAGCCCUGCAGGUGCCCCCCCUCAUGCCACCACCCGAGCAGGGAGCCUCACCGCUGCCACCCCCCACCCUGCCCCCCCUGCAGACAGUCCUGCCAGCUGCCCCUCCCCAGCUGCAAACACCGCUGCCCCCUGCCGUGCCACGACAAGGUCAUCGUCAAGAACCAGCAGGUGCAACUGGCUGGUCCCUGGGAGCAGCCGUCGGCUCCUGCGUUCGUUCAGAAAGCUCUGCCCUGUGCACCAUGUGAAGUACCCAUACCAACCGCCUGUUUUGGAGAUCAUGAGGUGAGCGCGGUGCCGUGUCACCGUCAGGGUCGGUUCCCGUGCGGGCGGCCAUGUGGACAACCUCUGACCUGUGGGAAUCACACCUGCAGCCGAGAGUGUCACCUGGUUACCCCCGGCAACAAGUGUGAGGAGUGUGAGGAGCCCUGCCUCCUCCCCCGCCCCCGUGGCUGUCCUCACCGCUGCUCCCUGCGCUGUCACCCCUCCGCCUGCCCCCCCUGUGGUCACAUGACCCGGCAGCGCUGCUACUGCAGGAUCAGCGUGCUGUUCAUCGACUGCACGAAGUUCACCUCCGCUGAUGAAAAGACAAAGGUGGAGUUGGGCUCCUGCAACAACCAGUGUCCUAAGGAGCUGGUGUGUGGUCACCGCUGUAAGCAGGUGUGUCAUCCAGGUGUGUGUGAGGAGAAAUGUCAGCAGAAGGUGAAGGUCAGGUGUCCCUGCAAGAGGAUCAAGAAGGAGUUCCUGUGCUCGGAUCAGUGUGUGGUUCAGUGUGAUGACGCCUGCAGAGACCAGAAGAAAAAAGUCAGCCUGGUGAAGGAGGCGGAGCUUAAAGCGGCUCAGGAGGAGGAGCAGAGGAGACUUCAGGAGGAGCUGGAGGCGUUUGAGAAGCGUCAGCAGCGGGGAGGCAGGAGGAGUAAGAAGAGGGGGAGGAGGGGGGAGGUGGAUGAGGAGGGGACGGGGAGUGGGAGAUGGGGAAAGGUCUUCCUCUUCGUCUUCGUCCCGCUGGCCGGCGCUCUGAUGUCCGCUGCCGCAUACUACCUCCUGAACGCACCGUGAAGAAAACCACCAUGACAACAAACAGCUGAUCUUAUUUACCUCUCUGACAUGCUUUUAUUUUGGCGAGUCUUCCUGUUUCAGACUGAUUCUUGGUUUGAUUUUGGUAAUUAAAUAUAGUUUUAGGAGCUAAAGCCAGUCCACCAGACUCCAUUCAAAAACAUUCAUUUGAGCUCCUUCUGAUAUUGGUCUGGACUCUCCUAAAUGUUAUAGAAAGCCAACGCCUUUAAUAUUAAGGUGAAAUCAGAGGUCACAUUUAUUCUGUAGGUCGAAGGGAGAAUUUGGGUUAUUUUGAAGUUAUCUGGGAACUUAAACCAUUGUCUGUAUUUUAAGCUGCUCUAGCGCUGCCUCAGUAGGACUUCCCUUUCAGUUGAGAUUCACCAAAUAUUCAAUAGUUUAACUUCCUUAUUCUUUAUUUUGGUAAUUAAAAGGAAAGGGACGGGGACUAAAGCCGUCAUCUUUACGGACUUUAAAUCCUCCAGACUCCAGUUAUAACUCCAUAUAUACCUGGUCUGCCGCUGCCUAAAUCACAUGGUUAUUAUGUGUGGACUUUAAGCGUUAGUUUUGACUUUUCUCUUGAAAAUACACUCAUAAUUUAAAGACUUUUAGAAAUGAUUCUCAAAAUACUUAAACUCUAGAUUGUCUUCAUUUCAUAUCGUUUGCGAAAAAUGUAUUUUUUAAAUUAUUAGUCUUUAAUCCCAAACGUAAAGAAAACUGAACCCAACUCAAAUCGACUCGACAACAAACGGAUGAAAGAUUACGAGUAGGAACGUUUCCGAUGUAGGACAACGUUAAGCAAAUAUUCAGUUCAGUUGAAACUAAUAUUUUGGGACUGAAUGAAAAAAGAUGUUUUUUUAAUGGAGUCUGGUAGAUAAGGACCCCCCCCCCCCCCCCACAAACACACACACACACAACUUAAACCAACUCUUUAGUUUGACCCCUUAAGAGAAAUGUUGUUUUUCCGUGGUUUAAAUGUAGUUCUUUUUUUGAGAAAUUAAGUGAAAGUGGAUUUAAAGCUCUUACCAGUCCCACAAAGAAAGCAGAAAAAUAUCUCAAACUGAAAUGAAUUCAUGUCUAAUUCAUCCGUAUUAUUUGGGGGUAUUUUGACUUCUUUACUUAUGGAAAUGCGUCGUUCAGAUGAUGAAAAGAAUACCUUUAAUUUGGUCCUGAAAUGUUAAAAUUGCCUUUUUGUUUUUCAAAUAUUUGGGAAUAAAAUGUCUAAAAAUA